UUAGUCACGGCAAUGAUCAUAGCGUGACUGUAGCUUCCGUGGUCAAGAAAAAACGCGUUGGAAUCUAGCUAUAAACUAGCCAUGAGACAUUUCAAGUUAUUCUCUUUAAAGACAGAGGUCUUCGAAGGUAACACUACUUUCUGCCAUGGGUGCUCAAGUUUUGUUCUGUUUCACCGCUUUCCUCGUGAUUUUUGUGUCGCUGGAAAGCGCUUUUGUCCGUCCGUCAAAUGUGAAAAACGCCACUGAUUUCACUUUGGGUAAAGUGAUCGUUAAAGGCAAUUACAAUGCUGUGAACCUGUACCCCGUAAAAGACGUGAAAACGGCUUUGAGUCAGCUACAUAAAAAGCUAGAAUCGUUGGAGGGAAGGAUGGAUGCCCUGGAGAAAUUUAAACCAGCAUGCAAGUUCGACUUUGAACGUGGAAUUGAUGACUGGCAGAAGACUGGAACUGCGUUUAACAACCAGCCGACCUAUGGUGACAACCCUACAGCUCGGAACAGAGGACAACCUGCGAGUCAACAAGGGGACUGGUGGAUUGGAGGAGCCGAGAACCGAUCCUCCAAAGCAGCUACCGCUGGUAACGUUCAAGGAGACGGACCCCAAGGAACUCUUACUUCCCCAUACUUCACCAUCACGGGAAAACAAAUCUCAUUUCUGAUUGGUGGAGGCUGUGAUAUAAAAUUGGUUCGCGCCGAAUUGGUUAUCGGCAACAAGGUAAGCAUUGUAGUCUGUGUACAGCCGCCCCCUCCCCUUAAAAUAUCGGAGAGAGAGACGCCUGUGUAGCGGCUUCGUUAAUUG